AUGCCUCGCCCUAAUCCUCCUCCCUCGCCGAUCGAUACUGCUACGACGUUCUCUGGAAAGACCUCCAAGACCUCCGCGAGCGUGCGCGACCCUGACUACGAAUUGUCUUUGGCAGACCGCAACAUCUACAUUCAGAGAGAACACCCGCCUUCCGAGUUGAUGCGUCGAGCACGAAAUAUCAUAUCGCACCCGCGGCAGUCGCCUCCCAUAGAUGAUGACGCCAUUGCUGAGAUAAGGGAGAACAUACGAAACAAUCGGAACAAGGGGGAGGAGGAAGUCAAGAUUCAUAUAGCCGCAUCUGUUAUUCCGGGUUUCAACAAAGCCCUCGAUGAGAAGCUGGAACGGAGUCAUGGUCAGCUGUGGUACAAAUCUGUUCCUAUUCCACUUGAUCCAGAUGCCGUUUUGGGGCCGGCCCCCGUACCGCUACCGCUGCCGAAACCCAAACCCGACCUCGCCUUUGGAUACUCUGAGCGCGCUUUCAGCCCCUCUGAACUUCGGACUAUCAAGCUUCUGGUGGAAAGCUCCAGCGGCAAGAGCUUCGCUUCUCCCGACACGGUGCUUCUGUUUCCGUUCUUCAUAUGCGAAUUCAAAUCGCAGGCGAGGGAGGGAUCACUCUAUACAGGAACAAACCAAGCCGCCGGUGCUGGCGCCAUUGCUAUGAAGGGCAUUCUGGAGCUAUGGUCUCGCAGUUUUGGCCUGGAUAGUUUCGAUUUCGACGAGCCCCGGGUCUUCUCACUAACAAUGGACCAAAACGUCUUGUCUCUGAACGUUCACUGGAUAGGCGCCAGGUCAGACACCGAUCAAUUCAGCUACAACCUCGAAGAAGUGUCGAUGUACCUCCUGAAAACAUAUUUGACCGUUUCACUAAUGAACCCCUAA